GAGGGGGGGGAGGAGAAAAAAAAUAACUGCGACGAGCACACGCACGCACCCGUCCCUCUCGCUUCUUCCUCCUCUCGUCCCGGUCGCUGUCUCGCACGCCACAUCGCCGCAAGCAAAGGCCAAGGAGGACACGGUGGCAGGAGCUCCUCGCGGCUCUCUCGGAGCGUCGCCGUCGGCGUGAGUCGAGCGGGAUCCGGAUCCCGCGCGGCGGAGCGAUCCCCGGCCGCCCCGCCGGAUCGCCGGAGACAGUUUGCUGGUCUCCAUCUAGUUGGGGAUUUUGUUGGAGUCUGAGGCGGGAUUCAGAGAUGGAGGAGCUGCUCGGCACGGAGAUCGGGAAGCACGACUACGACUGGCUUCUUACUCCCCCGGGAACACCCCGUGCUCCUGCACUGGAGGUUGCUGAGAAAGCCCCACCAUCAAAUGUGCCUAAACGGACCGUCACUAGAUCUUCCUCAACCACCAGAGCAUCAAGGCUUUCUGUUCAUGAAACAGAGAACGGGCAUUCAGCAGCUCCCAAUAGACCAGUGCGAAGCAUGUCCCGACCUUCAAACAGGUCAUCAGUGCUCACUCCAAGCAUUUCUUCUGUCAGUUCGAGACCUACUACCCCGACCAAGAGGACUAGCACUCUUCCCUCUUCAAAGCCAUCAGCUCCAGCUUCACGUCCAGUGGCAGCACGAUCAUCUACUCCGGUUAAAACCCGUCCACCUACCCCGGUCAAAACUCGUCCAUCUACUCCAGUCAAAAACUGUCCUUAUGGUUCCGGCUCCAUGGCCAACUCAACCUCUGUGAAGAGCACAUCUGCGCAGAACUCAAGGUCAUCAACUCCAACCUCUCGGCCCCGAAGCGUUUCCAGCUCAUCAUCAAGCACGGCUCCUUCAGUGAGUCGUCCCAGCUCAUCCUCUGGUAGAAUUCCUGCAAUUGUUCGUACCAGCUCUUCCUCAAGUACAGCUUCAGUGACCCGUUCUAGCUCUCGAUCGUCUACACCUACACGCCAGCCUGCCAUGCGUCCAUCAGCUGCAUCCAUAGCUCGCUCACCUUCAGUUGGGAGGAUUUCUGGUAGCAAUAACUUAACAUCUAGUGGACGAUCGGCAGCCAGCCGUGGUCGAAUGUCAGCACCUUCCUCAGCACCAUCAUCCCGUCCAAGUUCCCCAAAUACACGUCCGCGAGCUCCAGUUAGGCCACUAGAUAUUCCAGAUUUUCCAAGUGACACUCCUCCUAACCUAAGGACAAAGCUACCAGAAAGGCCACUCUCUGCUGGUAGAGCACGGCCAGGAAUUGGUUUGGGAACCAAGUCAACCCUGAAUGCUGAACCAGUUACCUCAGCUCCUGUGAAGAAGAUAUCUGUGCCUGCUAUUACUCGAAAUAAGUUUUCUGAUGCACCAUCCAAGACACCUUCUCUUACCAAUGGACACCAGAAUCGACAAACUGAGAGAUCUGUUAUGGACAGUCAGCCUGCUAGACCCUCUCGGUCUGCCACAAGUGAAGAAAAUGGAUUUGGCAGGACAAUAUCAAGGAAGUCACUUGACAUGGCAAUCAGGCACAUGGACAUUCGACAUAACCUGGGCGGCAUCCGUGGCGCAUCUCUGUUUCCUCAUAGCAUCCGGUCUUCGGCUCCCAAGGGCCGUUCAGCUCGAAUGUCCGAUCCUGGCCAUCACACCUCAAAUGGCGAGCACGACGCAUACACCGACAGUGGCAGCAUCAAUGGGCACUUCUCCGGUGAUUCCAUUGGAGCCCUUUCACACUACGGUGGGAGCUCAACUGAUUCCCCAGACAGAGAAAGCAUGGGAACUAAAGAGACGCUGAGCGAACUGGAUAUGUAUGGCAGCUCAAGGUACGAGGAGAUGCUGCUAAGGGAGGACACAAAGAACACGGACUGGCUGCACAGCCUCGAUGACAAGUCGGACCAGAGCCCCGUGUUCGAUCACCGGUUCGAGCCGCUCCCAGAGCCGUUUGGUCCUCUGUGAUUGUUAUCGUCUGUAAAGGUUUCAUCUGUCCGGUCGUUUGUUUUGUUCUUUGCAGUUGCGAGGCUGUAUUCUGCUCUUUUUAGAUGAAGGAAGAUCUUUAUUGCUCGACGGCCUUUUUAUUGAUAGAUGCAUGCACAGACACACCCACGCAGAGUUGUACGUAUGUUGUUAUCUCAUUCGGUCUGGUUUCCCUUUC